UGUGUUUAUCAAGUGAAACAUAAAAAAAAAAUAGAAACAAAUACAUAUAUCAUUGUUUAUAAAAAAGAUAAAUACAGAUAGACUUUGUAAUUACUCAUAACAUUAUAUUUCUGACCAGUUAUCAGUUGAAAUUACACAACAACAAGCACAAAAGUUGAUAAAAAAAAUUAUUUACAAUAAUAAAACCACGUAAAAUAUUGUAAUUACAAUUACACAUAUACUAAAAAAUGUUUUACUAACAAUUUUAUAUGGCUAUAGUUUAUUAAAUUGUUAGUUUAUUUAUUUGGGAGAUGGAUCUACAACAAGCAGCUGAUGUGUAUUCAACCAUACGACUUGUCAUACAAAGGUUCAUCAACAUGCUGAUUGGUAGAGAAUGGAAUAAUUCUGAUGAACAUGAUGAAUCCAAGGAUAACAAUGUCACACCAAAAGAUAUAAAUGAUUUAUCAAACACAUCAAGAUUAAAUAACAAUGAAAUUAGCUUGGAGAUAAAACGAGCAUGUGGAUUUACAGAUAUACAAAAUAAUAAAAAUAAAUCAGUAACAUCAAUGAUACAAAAACGUCAAUGGGGAUGUGGUUUUAGUCCAAGUGAAAAAUGUCAAAUUGGAAGUACAUUUUUACCAAAUAAAAUGAAAAAAAUUGCUCGAUACAGAAGUAAAGCAUUUUGUGGUUCUUAUUCAACUGAUGGAAAAUUACUUGUAACAGCAUCACAAGAUAACCGAAUACGUUUGUAUCGAACAAAUGAUGGUAAAUUUAAUAUAUUUAAAAAAAUUAAUGCACAAAAUGUAUCAUGGAGUAUAUUGGAUACAGCAUUUAGUCCUGAUGGAAAUUACAUUGCUUAUUCAAGCUGGUCUGAAGCACUUUAUCUGUGUCCGAUAUAUGGUGAUUCAAAUAUACAAGAAUCAUUACCAUUAGCACCAACAGAUCAUGGUAGAUUUUGUAUAUUUUCAUUAGUAUUUUCAACUGAUGGACGUGAAAUUGUUGGUGCUGCAAAUGAUGGUUGUCUUUAUGUUUAUGAUCGUGAAUGUCAUCAGUGUGCAAUCAAGAUUGAAGGACAUUCUGAGGAUGCCAAUACUGUUGCAUUUGCUGAUAAUACAUCACAAAUUUUAUACAGUGGUGGUGAUGAUGGACUUUGUAAGGUUUGGGAUAGAAGAACUUUGAAUGAAGAUAAUCCACAUCCAGUUGGUGUAUUUUCUGGACAUGUUGAUGGAAUAACACACCUAGAUUCAAAACUUGAUAGUCGUUAUUUAAUAACAAACAGUAAAGAUCAAACAAUAAAACUUUGGGAUGUUCGGGCAUUUUCAAGUAAAGACGCACAAGAAACUACAAGAAAAGCUGUUGCUAAUCAAAAUUGGGAUUAUCGUUGGCAACGUGUACCAAGACAACUUUAUAAAUCAAGCAGAACCAUGCUUGAUGGUGAUACAAGUGUCAUGACAUAUCGUGGUCAUACUGUUGUACAGACACUUAUUAGAUGUCAUUUUUCACCAAUAUCAACAACUGGACAAAGAUUUAUAUACACUGGCUGUGGAACUGGCAAAGUUAUAAUUUAUGAUUUAUUAACUGGUAAAAUUGUUUGCUCACUGGAUGGUCAUAGAGGUUGUGUAAGAGACGUUAGUUGGCAUCCUUAUCAUCAAGAAAUUAUAUCAUCAUCGUGGGAUGGAGUUAUUGGCUGUUGGCGUUAUUCAGCAAAUUUCGAUCCGGAAGAAUACAACAGCUCAAAUGAUUCAGAUAAAUAAUUAUUCAUUAUAUUGAUUCAAUUGUAACGAUGACUUUUACGAUAAUGUUUACUCGCACAAAAAAAAAAUAUACAAAAUAAAUAUGUAGGUGUUAAAUAAAUAUCGAUUUUGACAAACGUACUUGUAUAAAAAUAAUCGACAUAAACAACCUGAUGACACACUUAAUUAGUUUCAAGAAGCCAAAUAAAUAUUUAAUGUUUUUUUUUUUUUCUUUUAAAAUCGCUUUAGCUAAAUCCAAUAAAUUCGAAACCUUAUGUUUCUUUCAAUUAAAUUUUUAAUUCAAUUUUAUUAUUUUUUUCAAAUACAUGAUGAUUUUAUAUGAAAAUAUAAUUCAAAAAAAAAUGUGGUGAGUAUCUUAAUUCAUCGAAAUUUAUUCAUUUUUAAAAUAAAAAAAACAUUGACCUUUUUUUUAAUGUAAUAAAAAUAAAUUGAUGAAAAUUUAAUUUACUAUUUAUUCACACACAAGAUUAGUAGUAUAAAUUUAGAAAAAAAAAAAAUUUCAAUAAGUGAGUGUAUUGCAUAUCAAUAUCAAUUAAAAAAUAUAUAAAAAUAAAAAAAAUUACUAUUAAAAAAAAGCAUGCCAAUGCCACAAUAAAUUGGCUCAUACGGGCAUCCAAGUUCGCGAUAUUUUCCCGUGACUGACCUCCAUAAUUAUAUACUUGAAAUAAAUAUAUAUAUUAUAAAAAAAAUAUUAUAUUCGAAUUAAUAAGUAAUUAUAUUCAAGAAUGGUCCACGCAAUAUUUACUCAACAUGCAUUCAAUAAAAUAUAAGUAAUAUAAUUUUUUAAAUAAAUAACAUAAAUAGAUAAUCUGUUUGAAUUUUCCAGUCAUUGAAUCAUUUCUAAAAAAUAUAAUUAAUGCAGGUAUUUUAUAUAUAUAUUUUUAUAACCAGAAAAUUCAAUCUCAUUAUAAAUAAAAAAAACUAAAAUCAUAUUACAUAUAGAAAAAAGAAAAAAAAAAAGUUGUGAAAUGUGUUGACAGACUGGAGUAAACUUGGACUGAUUACUGUCAACCCUCCUACUAGCCCAUUGAUCUUAAAGUAAAUUUUUUUAUAAAUUAAAUAAAUAUAUAUUCCAAGUAUUCCAUCAAUGUCAAUUUUAAAUAAUUACGUAAAUAAAUAUAAUUAAAAAAAAGC